UCUUAGCAAAAUUCCAAAAAUACUUAGAGACUGGUUUGUGGAACCACCGCUAUCUUCAACAAUUAAGCGCUGUGUGUGACAUUCUUUCAUCUCUAGAUUGCGCCAGCUAUUUUUGUGCGAUAAUCUGAAAUAGUAUGAUCGGAUAUUCAGCACAAACAUGAACGUUCUCGAAGCGAGAGUUUUUCCGUUGCUAAAAAGCAAGGUGGCAAUUGUGACCGGGGGCUCUCAAGGAAUGGGAAAAGUCACAGCAUCUAUGUUCUUGAGAGCCGGCGCAAAAGUCGCCAUUGGGGAUGUGAAAGAAAAAGAAGGGAACGAAACCGUUGCCGAGCUAUCCCGACAUGGUGAUGCCAUUUUCGUCCGAACAGACAUUUCCAAGUCCGAGGAUGUUCAGAACCUUGUCGCUAAAUCGGUAGCAGCUUUUGGAAAACUUGAUGUUGCCAUCAAUAAUGCUGCGCUCACACCAGACAGCACCAAGUUGAUUGACUUCGACGAGAACUACUGGAGGAAGCUAGUGGAUAUCAAUUUGACGGGAACUGCGCUGUGUUGUAAGUGGGAAAUGCAACAAAUGAUCAAACAAGGCUCGAAAGGUUCUGUUGUCAACAUUGCUUCCAUCAAUGCCUUUAAGCCGCAUCCAAAUAUGCCGGCUUAUACCGCAGCGAAGCAUGCUCUUGUUGGCUUGACAAAACAUGCUGCUAUGGAAGGAGGCCCGAAUGGUAUUCGUGUCAACGCUAUUGCUCCAGGUGCCAUAUUCAGUGAUAUGUCGGCAGCAGCAUUGAAGAUCAUGGGCACUACCAUGGAAGAGUUCGCGCCAACAGUGAGUUAUCUGAAUCGGUUUGGCAUGGCACAUGAAGUCGCUCAAGGCUCACUCUGGCUGGCUUCGGAUUCUUCCUCCUAUGUCACUGGGAUUUGCUUGCCAAUUGAUGGUGGUUAUUUAGCGAAGUGAUCUCGGCUAGGAUUGAAUACAAAUACUGUCAGACAAUAUCAUUUGACUAGCAGUUCGUUACUUAUUAGCAAUUGGUGUACAUCUAGGCUAUCUAACCUGUUUUGGGACUCAGAAAAUGUUACUCAUAACUACU